AAAAGAUGUGCCCGACUAACCAAGAUCACGAGGGCUCCGCAGAGGAAUCCGACUUCGAAUACACUAGAUCCCGAUCAACGGAUGAUACUACGUCGAUUCCUGAUUGGAUGACCGAGUCUAUCGACGGUGGAGCCUUGCCACAAGUUGACGUUGAUAACGGAACCAACGGUUGGGCUUCUCCUCCAGGUGAUCUCUUCUUACUCCGUUCUAAAACCUACCUGACCAAUCGUCAGAAAUGCCCCGCCGGGGAUUACUUACUCUCUCCCAUCGGUAUGGAUUGGCUCAAGUCCGCUUCCAAGCUCGAAAACGUACUCUCCCGUCCCGAUAACCGUGUUUCUCAAGCCCUUAAAAAAGCUCAAUCCGAUGGCGAAUCUAUGAAAUCCUUCGUUUUUGCCGUCAAUAUCCAGGUCCCGAGUAAAGAUAAUUAUAGUGCUGUUUUUUAUUUUGCCACGGAGGAUCCUAUCCCUUCCGAUUCGUUACUUUAUCAGUUCGUUCAUGGCGACGAUGCCUUCAGGAAUCAACGGUUCAAGAUGGUUAACCGAAUUGUUGAGGGACCGUGGGUCGUCAAAAGAACGGUGGGCAACUAUGCGGCGUGCUUGAUAGGUAAAGCUUUGACGUGUAAUUAUCAUAGGGGAGCUAAUUACUUGGAAAUCGACGUUGACAUUGCAAGCUCAGCGAUUGCCAACACGAUUUUACACCUCGCAUUGGGAUACGCGACGAGUGUAAUAAUCGAUAUGGGAUUUGUGGUGGAAGGACAGACCGAGGACGAAUUACCAGAAAAUUUAAUCGGUGCGGUUAGGGUCUGUAGGAUGGAGAUGUCAUCUGCGACUGUGGUUGACUCGGGUACGUCCCCGGUUGAGACAGCGCCGGCCCCCGUGCAAUAGGACUCUCUAAGGUUAAUCACCAUGAUUCCGAUGACGUCGAAGAUAAUGAAAAAUUAUGCAACAAAGGUUAAUGCAGUAACGCCAUGGAUUCAAACAACGGCAGGAAAUGGGAUCGGAGUACGUAAAUCCGGGGGUGGCGAUGAUAAUGACAAACGAUGCGGCAGAGGUUAAUCUUAAACCCUUUUUUUCUUAAAAUUUUCUUAACUUCAUUCUUUCUUUCUUUUUGUUUUCCUUUCACGUUACGAGAAUCCGGGUCUUCUUCGGAGGGGAUUAAUUGGUUUUAGAUGAUAACAUGGGCUCCGAUUUUCGUAGA